UCACAAAAAAAAUUCCGCGUGAUUUUGUGACUUGAAAAUAAUUCACGCUGACUCCAAUGAAUGAUUUUAAAAAUUAAAACGAUAAAAAUUUAACAGAAAAAAAUUAUUUAUUUACAAAUAUAAAAUGUUGUCACGAGCUGCUGUGUGUAUUAAUAAUCGCGUGUUAUCAAAAACACAUGUAAUAUCACAGAAAUUUAUGAAUCGUUCAAUGCACGUGGCAUGCAGAAGUGUCACCUCAAAGUUACGAUUAAAUUUGUCAAGGAAAUCAACUCCGGCUAUUUGCUCAUCAUUUGUACGAGGAAUCAACACCGAUGGUGCGGAAGUAAAAAAUGUAACCGGGGAAUCUGUUAAUAAAAUAACUGAAAAUGUCACCCCAGCAACAGGACCAUUGGAAGCCAUUCCAGACGGUCUGAUAGAUUUAACACCAGCCAGCACAUAUGAUCCAGUGAAAACGAUAUUUGAUGCUGGCUCAGCUUACGAUAGGAUAGAAAUGAAUUUUCUUGAUACACCAGUUUCGCGCAAUUUAAGGAAUAUUGCAGAAAAAAAUUCAGUAGAAGUUCCUACAGCAGAAAGUUUGAUAGAAGAUAGUUCAGCAGUCAAUUUAGAGGAUGUAAUUUCAGUAAUAGAAAAUUUUACGGAUUCAACUCCAGUGGAGUCUUCAGCUAACGUGACUGAUAGUAUUCCUGUAAUAACUGAGACAGUGGAAACUACUCCAGCGAACAAUUUGAUUGAUGCAAUCCCAGAUGUACCUAUACCACCACCAGUGACCAUUGAAGAAAUAGUAUCUGUGACAAAUGCACUAGGAGAACCGACUUUAAAGUCCCUGGGACUCGCUGGUUGGUCGCCUAUUGGUAUUGUUCAACAAUUAUUAGAAGUGGUCCAUGUUUCGUGCGGAUUGCCAUGGUGGGCAACAAUUGCACUCGGAACGGUUUGUGUCAGGACUUUACUAUUUCCAUUAGUAGUAAUAUCACAAAGAAAUGCGGCGAAUUUACAUAAUACAUUACCUGGAUUACAAAAAAUACAAAAUAAAGUAACAGAGGCUAGAAAUGUUGGUGAUCAAUUACAAGCUGCACGUUAUUCGCAGGAGCUGAUGUAUUAUAUGAAAGAAAAUAAUUGCAAUCCUAUGAAAUCAAUGAUCGUUCCAUUGUGCCAAGCGCCGAUAUUUAUUUCAUUUUUCUUCGGAUUGAAACGGAUGACAAAUUUACCAGUGGACAGUAUGCGUGAAGGUGGACUCUGGUGGUUCACAGAUCUCACUGUUACUGAUCCUUAUUAUAUAUUACCAAUAAUGACAAGUGCUACACUAGCAGUUACAUUGAAGAUGGGUAUCGAUGGUCCAAAAUUGGAGAGUAUGGGAAUGGUGAAAUAUAUCGUACAAGCUAUUCCUCUUAUAAUUUUACCAUUCACUAUUAAUUUCCCAUCUGCAAUCGCUUGGUACUGGGUAACAACAAACGUAUAUUCACUAAUUCAAGUUUCUGUAUUAAAAGUUCCUAAAAUAAGAGAAAUAUGUAAAAUUCCCAAGCAAAUAGAACAUCCGCCCAGCGAAUUAGCACCAAAGAAAGCUUUCAAAGAAGGAUUCAAAGAGUCUUGGGGUAACAUGAAAACUGCACGUGAAAUGGCUGAUCGUCAACAUUUGGACACAAUUCAAUUUAAUAAAUUCGGCAGAGGACCUUUACCCAAAACAUAUUCAUAUAAUCCUGUCGAAGAUUCAAAAAAACGUGCAGUAGCUGCUGACAAAAGAUGAAUUUAUACUUUAAUUAAUUAUGUAAUAUAAAAAUAAUAAAAAAAAAGAAACAAAAAAUUUUUUUUAAUUUUUAUGUGUAAUAGUUUUAUUUAAUAAAAAUAUAAAUUAUGUUCUGUAA